CCGUAGUGGACUAAAAUGUCACUUUCACGUUGCGUUUGUGCCGCAGCUGUUCCGGUUUGCCGGUCGAUAGCAAGACGAUUGUGCGCUGUUAAAGAACCGACACGUGUAACUUGUUCAAUUAAUUCGACUGCCACACUAAAAACUCAAGUAAGGAUGUACAUCGUAGAAGAAAGAGGAUCACCUUACACUCCUGACUAUCGUGUAUUCUUCAAGGAUGAAGGCGGUCCUAUAUCGCCCAUGCACGACAUUCCACUAUGGGCCGACAAAGCUCAACGCCUCGUCAACAUGGUAGUAGAAGUACCUAGAUGGACCAAUGCGAAAAUGGAGAUCAGCCUCGGGGAGGCCCUCAAUCCUAUCAAGCAGGACGUAAAGAAAGGCAACCUUCGGUUCGUGAACAACGUCUUCCCUCAUCGCGGCUACAUCUGGAAUUACGGUGCCCUGCCGCAGACCUGGGAGAAUCCUAAUCACGUCGACCCUGACACGGGCGCGAGGGGCGACAACGACCCGGUUGACGUCAUCGAAAUCGGUGAGCGCGUCGCGAGUCGCGGCGACGUUUACCCCGUAAAGAUCCUCGGUACGCUAGCUCUCAUCGACGAAGGCGAGACCGAUUGGAAGCUGAUAGCGAUCGAUUCCCGGGACCCGAACGCGGAGAAGUUGAACGAUGUACAAGACGUGGAGGCGUUGUUCCCUGGCCUCCUCCGCGCCACCGUCGAGUGGUUCAGGCUCUACAAAGUUCCGGACGGCAAGCCGGUGAACAAGUUCGCGUUUGAUGGCGAAGCUAAGAACGCAGAGUUCGCUUACAAAGUCGUUGACGAGGUUCACGAGUUUUGGAAGAGUCUCAUCAGCGGCAACGUUCCUGACGCAACCGAUAUAAACAAAAUGAACGUGUCAGUGAGCGGCAGCGUGGACCGGGCGGAGCGCUCCGAAGCCGCCGCGGUCUUGGCGAAGGCUCCAACGCUCGGGCAGCCCGCCGCCAUACCGCAGACAGUUGACAAGUGGCACUUCCUCGCGAACCUAUAGUUCGCUGAACACAUCCAAAACAGAUCGGCGAUUCUCAACUUUAUCAACAAAGUAAUACAAUCUAAUUAAUUAUCAUUGAACAGACUGUAAUAAUUGCAAUGAUUUCCUGUAAAAAAAAAAACAAAAAAACAUACGUAUAUGUUCUUGGCAUUAUACAAUAAAAAGCAUUGAUUAAUUUAAAAUUAAAAUGUAAAGUGCAGAUAAAAAUAACAAAGGUUAUUUACUGUACAAAAAAAGCUAAUUAAUUUUUUAACACAAAUUACACGAAGAAUGGAGUCUUUGACUGUUUUUCCCAAAACCAUUGCAGAUUAUUGAGUUUAGCUCAUUUAAUAUAUUAAUUGUAAGUUUAUUGUGGCGUUUGUUUUCCUCCUGUCAGUGACAUUUAACGCAAUAAGAAUGUAAACUUAGGUUGUUUUUGGUCAAGUCAUCGAUGUUAUAUCUUGUGUAAAUAUGUGAGUAUAACAUAAAAAAAUACCUUUUACCCAUUGCAACAUUUCAAGAUUUUUUUUAAGAUCAAAGUGAAGUGAAUCCAUUAAGUACAGUCAAAUACUUUAUAUAGAGCUAUUAAGAAUGACAUUGAAAGAAAUGAUAACUCUCAAGAGGUCUCUUGAGGUGUUUGUCUAUAAAAAUGUUGUUAAAACUAGGUUGUAUCAUGGAAGGUAGACCCAAAACUAAAUUUUUAAAACCACGUAUUGAAAUUCAUGAACGUCGAACCAUAAAAUGCACGGUUAGUGUUGCCAUGAACGAUUCUUUUGAGUGCUGCCGGGAUUUUUGCAGCUGGCAACAUUAAAAGUUAUGGCUGCAGACUGGGUUACUAGUUUUUGUGGUUGUGUAGUAUGUAAGUAAAGGGUUUCACUAUAGUGUAUUAUUUAUACUUGAUUAAAGUUAAUGUUGUUUAAUAAAA